AUUCCUUGGGUUGUUGUUUUGAGUUCCACGUGACCUUAUGAAUGUGUAAUUCAUGAUAUUUUCCUGAAGUGCAGUAUAAAGAGUAUACGGUGAGGCAUAGAAACUAUUAACCCAAGGAUCAUAUUGUGUUUAGAAAUAUUUAUAGGAGUCAGUAAAAAGAUGGAAGAAGCCUCCGGUUCGUCUCAACCUCAGGUAUUGGUUAAUGCUAAUAAGCACGAGCAAACAAAACCCAUCAAUAUUGGCAUGGAUUAUGAUUCCUACAAUGCUGCAACAGAAGGCAAUAUCGAGUUCUUCAAAAAUCGCCAGUCUGAUCUUGACCGCCUACUAACCCCAAAUGAAAACACAGUCCUCCAUAUUUACAUUAUAGCCCUAAAGUCCAAAUCCCAAUCAACAACCCCCAUUGUAGGAUCAGAAUCAACAACCCUCAAUGCAGGGUCGAAAUCAACAACCAAAUUUGUGGAAGAAAUUCUUGAAAUGUGUUCGAAAUUGUUAAAGAAAGCCAAUACCAAAGGUGAAACUCCAUUGCACAUGGCGGCAAGGUAUGGGCAUGAUGACAUAGUGGAAGUUCUAAUCAAAUAUUGUGCCAAAACUCUCGAUGAAGACCUUGAAGGUGGGAUUGGACCUGCAGUUAAGGAUUUACUCAGGACAAUGAACAAGAAGAAUGACACGGCGUUGCACGAGGCUGUACGUUAUCAUCACCUUAAGGUUGUACAAUUGUUGAUCGAAACAGACCCAGAUUUUUCAUAUGCUGCUAAUGAUGCUAAUGAGACUCCACUUUACAUAGCUGCCGAGAGAGGGUUUGAAGAUGUGGUGAUCGAAAUUUUAGACAAAUGCAAAUCACCAAUGCAUGGGGGGCCCCUUGGUAGGACCGCUUUGCAUGCUGCUGUAAUAAGGAAUCAUAGAGGUACUACUUAUAUAUUUUCAUGGUUUAAUUUAGUAAUGAGUAUAACCAGAAGAAUUCUAAAUAAAAUUGAAGGUAUAAGUAGAAUAGUUGACAAUAACGGUUGGACUCCGCUUCACUUCGCUGCAUACUUCUAUUCUUCAAGCUUAGCAGAGAAGUUGUUGGAUAAAGAUAGAGAUGUAGCAUACAUGAAAGACAAAGAGGGAAGGACAGCUCUUCAUAUUGCAGCUCAUGAGGGUAAUAGUGGUAUAGUGUCUCUCAUUGUAUCAAAGUGUCCAGAUUGUUGCGAACUGGUUGAUAAUAGAGGUUGGAAUCUACUCCAUGUUGCUUUCAAAGGAGAGUACCCCUUAGAGGAGACCAUCAAAAUCAUCUUAGAAAAUUCGUCUCUAAGCAACCUUUUGAACGAGGAGAAUGUCGAUGGGGAUACACCUCUUCAUUUCUAUUCCAAUUCUCAACAACGAGGAGAGAAUUUCGUUAAUCACCCUCUAGUCGACAAGAUGGCUUUCAACAAAGAGAACCUCAGUGCAUGGGAUAUCGCUAUAGCUAAUUAUGAAAAAUUGCCAGAAAAAAAGCAAAUUGAGAUUAUACUGGCAAUGCCGUAUCGUCGACCUCGACGAAUAAUAGCUUGCCAAUUUGAUCAUAUUCCAGAACUCUCCAAACUAGAGGAGGAGAGGGAAAAGGAAGAGGAAAAAAAGAGGAUAUCAAUGUUGCAAAAAGCAUCCGAAGCCCAUUUGGUAGUGGGUGCACUCAUUACAACGGUGACGUUUGCAGCAUGUAUUUCCAUGCCUGGGGGAUUCGUGGGUAGUGAAGAAGGCUCAUCGCAUCCAGGUUCUGCACUUCUCAGAAAAAAUGGUGCUUUCAUCGCAUUUAUUAUUGCAGAUACCAUAUCCAUGGUGUUGUCAAGUUCUGCUGUCUUUAUCCACUUAUUGAUGCCAUUUCUUUUCAAUGAGAGAUAUUACGAUAAAGAGUUACAAACAUAUUCGGAUGAAGAGCUUCGUGAUAAACUUCUCUAUAUGGCCUUUAGGUUGAUUUUGUGGGCCAUGAUAGCAAUGGUGCUGGCAUUUGUGACGGGCACAUAUGUUGUGUUAGUGCCUUCCUUAGGUCUUGCCAUUCCCAAUUGUAUCAUUGGCUUAAGCUUCCUUGCUAUCCUCCUUUUUGUGUUUGGAAAAGGUAUUGACUUAUCCUUCUUUGAAAUCCUCCAUUUGUUAACCGGAAAAUUUAAAGGUAUGUAAAGAGUCUAACUCUAUGCCAAAAUUGUUAUU